AUGGCGUCCAAGAAUGGGAUCGACCGCCAGGAUGAGGACGAGGUCUGCCCCGUCUGCAAGUCCUCGCGGUAUCUCAACCCGAACAUGCGGUUCCUCAUCAACCCCGAAUGUUACCAUAAGAUGUGCGAAUCUUGCGUCGAUCGAAUUUUCUCCUCGGGUCCCGCCAGCUGUCCUGUCGCCGGAUGUCGUAAAACGCUUCGAAAGAACCGUUUCCGCCAGCAGACUUUUGAGGAUAUUGGAGUUGAGCGAGAAGUGGAUAUACGGCGCCGGGUGAUGCACAUUCUCAAUCGACGCGAAGAAGAAUUCGAUUCGAAGCGUGCCUAUGACGAUUUCCUCGAGCAACGCGAAGAGAUCAUAGCCAACCUAGUAUGCCGGACAGACGUGGCGAAAACGGAGGCACAAUUACAAGCAUACGCUCAAGAAAACAUGCAAUCCAUCAAGGCGAACCAGCUGCUCGAAGAACAAGAAGCAACCUCCUUCCAGAAGAAGAUCCUGAUGGAACAAGAAGAGGCCCGGCUACGACAACAGAUGGCCCGAGAGGAAUACGAGAACGAGCGGCGCGAGCAGCAGGCCACCCGCGAGGACUUCCUCACACGGUUGGCGUCUGGCUCUGCUGUAGAUGCGGCUGCACUCGCUCGCGAAGGAAACAAGGUGCACUUGAAGAAAUCCUCCGCUAGACGCAGUGAGGAAGAGCGCAUUCGGCAGAAGCAGGCUGCUUUGCGCGGCUCGGAAGGCAAGCGCACUGGCACGCCUCUGACGACAGCCGACACGGCCGGCGCAGUCGCUGGUGCAGGAUUCAUCAAGGGUUUGCGGAAGAUCAAAACCCCGGAGCCAGAGAAGCCCUACGAUCCCUUCAUGGGUCUUGUACCGGGCAAGCGCGAUUACUACACCCAGCUCGAGUCUUACCCGUACGCGUUCUUGGACAAGCUCCGUGCGGAUACUACUGUGCAAGCAGGUGGGUACGCUUUGCAAGAGUACUAUUCGCGAACGCUACUAGAGGCGUUUGCCGGGUUGGGUUGUUUCGUGCAGGAAGAAGUAGCGGAGCGUGAUGCUACAUCUGCUUUGGGUCUUUCCAAGCCGGCGUCUACUGCGGGUGCGGCCAUGGCUGCUGUUGGUGAAAAAGCUGCAUAG